AUGCCUAUGAACUGGAACGACCAGGCUGAUGCGAGAUUGCUCGUGGCAAUCCUCCAGACCAUGACUGGAAAGCUGGACACCGCUGCCAUCGCGAAGCACAUGGGCACUGAGUGCACCGUCAGCGCGAUCCAGCAUCGCAUCCAGCGCAUCAAAGAGAAGGCCGCCAACGCCGGCGAGAACGACUCCCCCGCGGCGGAGCAGACUUCUGCCGCUGCUUCUCCCGCUCCUUCUCCCGAGAAGAGAAAGCGAGGAAGGCCUGCCGGCACCAAGAAGGUCAACAAACCCGUUGCCAAGAAGGCCAAAGCCGAUGGCGAAGACAUGGCUGCGGAGGGAAAUGGCGAGGCCCUUACUGAGGCUUGA